AAUUAAGCCCUUCUUUUAACAAAUGAAUGAAAUUAAGCCCUUCUUUUAACAAAUGAUUUUUCUUUACGGAUUUCCAUCAAUUUCUCAGUAGGAACCUCUCCGUCCCUUCUUCUGCUCAAAAAAUCCCUAAGCCAAAAAAAGCUAGGGUUUUCGAUUUUUAGGGUUAGGGUUUCUUCAACCCAACAAUGGCUACUUCCAGCCUCAAACGAAAGCGCGACGAUCUCCCGUCACCACCGCCGCCCUCUCAACCUCAAUCCAACGGCGCUCCCGCCUUCGACCUCUCUCUCCUCGAGGCCGUCGAGCAAUCCCAAACCUCCGGCGUCGAGGUCCUCGACCUCAAAACCCUAAAGAAGAUCGUCCUUUCCUUCGAGCGCCGCCUUAGGGACAACCUUGAGGCCCGCAUGAAGUACCCCGACAACCCCGAGAAGUUCGCCGACUCCGAGGUCGAGCUCCACGACGAGAUCCAGAAGCUCAAGAUCCUCGCCGGCGGCCCCGAUCUCUACCCUGAUCUCGUCGCCCUCAACACCGUCCCAUCCAUUGUAGGCCUCCUUGGGCACGACAACACGGACAUCGCCAUGGACGUCGUCUCGCUCCUUGUCGAUCUCACGGACGAGGACGUUCUUGAAGAUAACGAUGAGCCAGCGAAGGUCUUGGUUGAUGCGCUGGUGGAGAAUAAUGCACUUGAGUUGCUUGUGCAAAAUAUUGGGAGGUUAUCAGAGUCGGAUCCUGAUGAGGCUGCGGCUAUUUAUAAUACACUGUCCACUAUUGAGAACAUGAUUGAAGUAAAGCCGGCGGUGGCUGAGUUGGUCUGUGAGAGGACUAAGUUGUUAAGGUGGCUUCUUGGUCGGAUUAAAGUUCGGGAAUUUGAUGGGAAUAAGCAAUAUGCUUCUGAGAUUUUAGCUAUUUUGUUGCAGACGAGUACUGCAAAUCAAAAGAGAUUGGGGCAGAUGAAUGGGGUUGAUGGGGUUCUUCAAGCUGUCGCGAUGUAUAAGUCUAGGGAUCCGAAGAGUGCGGACGAGGAGGAGAUGUUGGAGAACUUGUUUGACUGUUUGUGCUGUUUGUUGAUGCCUAUGGAGAAUAAGGAGAGGUUUAUGAAGUCGGAAGGGGUUGAGCUGAUGAUUAUUAUUAUGAAGCAGAAGAAGUCGGCUUAUGGAUCAGCCAUUAGAGCAUUGGAUUUUGCGAUGACCAAGUAUCCACCAGCGUGUGAGAGGUUUGUUGAUGUGUUGGGGUUGAAGACUGCAUUUGCAGCUUUCAUGGGUAAGAUUCCUGUGAGCAAGAAAAAUAAGAAAGAGAGCUACCAAGAAGAGUUAGAAGAGCGUUUAAUCUCGUUGAUUGCAUCAUUAUUUGGUGGCAUCACAAGGGGCACAAGAAGGGAGAGAUUGUUAAGCAAAUUUGUAGAAAAUGAAUGUGAAAAGAUAGACAGGCUUAUGGAACUAUAUAUGAGAUAUUCUGACCGAGUUAAAGCUGAGGCUGUACGGCUAGAAAAGCUUGAAUUGGAUGAUCUCGAGAUGGAUGAGGAGGAGCGUUACAAUCGGAAACUGGAAGCUGGCCUGUACACUCUUCAAUUGAUUGCUGUUAUUCUGGGCCAUUUAUGGUCGUCUGAGCAUCCAGGGAUGAGAUCACGAAUAGAACUAUUACUCAGACAACAGAAACUGACAAAGAAGCAUGUUAAGGAUAUACUUCAGGAAUAUCAUGAUAACAUUGGAGACAUCGAUGGCCCGGAGGAGAAGGAACGAGCACAAACAAAAAUCCAGAAAUUCAUCGAUUUAUUUUGAGAUCAGCAGUUUUCUUUUCCUUUCCUUUUACUAUCUACUUGCAAUAGGUUUUUUUGACGACCGCUGCAGAAGCAGAGCCUCAAACUCAUAGCCUUUCUGUUAUUUGUAUUAUCUUCAUUUAUGUUUACAGAGACUAUAAAAUUGUGGCCUGCUAUGCUUGUCUGGGGACAUGUCAUCUGAUGUAGCAUCUGAACAGUUCAUCAUCAUGCCUUUAUGUUAGAUUGGUGGCAGUUAUUUGCAUCAUUGAAUGUGUCGUAUUAACUUUUCUUU